UCUGAGCGUGACGUGUAUCACGGAGGACACCCUCGCACUGUGGAUGAUGCUAAUGCUAAUAUGAAGCUAGCCCGUCCUGCUGCCGGAGACAUCGAGUGAUUAGCGGAGUAGAAAGCCACGAGCCAACUGUCUUCGGUCGGUGUAUCCGGAACCAUCAUGUCUGUGACGCUGUGUGGAGCACGGGGUCGGGCCGGGAGAGAUGUGUUCCGCGCCCUGGUUCCGCUCGCCGCCGCCGUGUUGUUGUUGUCGGUCGGAGUCGCUGCGGUUCCAGAGGAGCACAAAGCGGUCCCGGUGCCGGAGCUGCUCCCACAGGAGAAAGCAAGUCCUCAUCCAGUGGGCCCUGUAGUUUCAGAGAAUGACCCCACCAAAGGAAACAUGGGAUUCAUUCACGCCUUCGCAGCCUCCAUCUCUGUCAUCAUCGUCUCCGAGUUGGGAGACAAGACAUUUUUUAUCGCAGCCAUCAUGGCCAUGCGCUACAACCGUCUCACCGUGUUGACCGGCGCCAUUCUGGCUCUGGGAGUCAUGACUUGUCUCUCUGUGCUGUUUGGUUAUGCCACCACCAUCAUCCCUAGAAUCUACACAUACUAUAUAUCUACGGCUCUGUUUGCCAUCUUUGGUGUGCGCAUGCUGAGAGAGGGGCUGAAGAUGAGUCCAGAUGAGGGGCAGGAGGAGCUGGAGGAGGUGCAGGCAGAGAUCAAGAAGAAGGACGAGGAGCUUCAGCGAUCUAAACUGGUCAAUGGGAGUGCAGAUGUGGAGACUGGAUCGGGGAACACGCAGCCUCAGAGGAAGUGGCACAGCUUCAUCUCACCCGUCUUCCUCCAAGCCCUCACCCUCACCUUCCUUGCAGAGUGGGGGGACCGCUCCCAGCUGACCACUAUCAUUCUCGCUGCACGGGAGGAUCCUUUUGGAGUUGCUGUGGGGGGGACAUUGGGACACUGUUUGUGUACAGGACUGGCUGUGAUAGGAGGGAGAAUGAUCGCCCAGAAAAUCUCUGUCAGAACAGUUACAAUCAUUGGAGGAAUAGUUUUUCUGGCGUUCGCCUUCUCUGCCCUUCUCAUCAAGCCAGAGUCUGGAUUUUGAUUGGACGAAUGACUUUUCAGGUUCACUCUGUAUAUACGUGUAAACUUUGGUUCACUUGCUGUUGAGAGAUUGUGUGUGUGUGUGUGUGCGUGUCCAACAGAACAUGUGACAAGUUGAACAGGAAGCCAAAGUCCCCUCCGCCUUCCUUUAGACAAUUUCUGUUCCAUUAGACCUUGUAACUCUGAGUGGAAAAUAUAGCAUUUAAUAAGAUUUUCUUCACCAAAACCUUUUGGGAGUCGCUGAAUACUUACAAAGCAGAAAGUCUGUGGCUUCCUGUUCAAGCUUUGUUCUCUUCACAAAGUGUGUGAGAGGAGAGAAGGAUGUUCUGUGGCUUCCUAUUCAGGCGUUGUUCUCUUCACAAAGUGUGCGAGAGGAAGAAGCCCACUCGCUGCCCUCCGACCCGUCUUCUAGAGGUUAUGUGGCUCAGUCAGAACCCAACAUGCAGUACCUUUCUAACACUUAGCCAUCUCCUUUAGAAACUAAGUCCAUUUAAAAGUCAUUGCCUUUUUACUUGUUUCUAAAUGUUGAAUGAUCCUUUUUGUUUGUCUGUUUAACGUGAGCCCAGAUGCUGGUGUUUAUUCCACCUUCCUCUCUGGGAGACACUUUUUAAUAGAAUCUACUACAACUCCCCAAGAAGUGCGAUAUAAUUCAAAUUGAGACGGAGACAUCAUUAAAAUAUUUUUCCGAGUUAUUCCCUUUGGCUGCUGAUACAAAGGAGCAGUUCUUUUAGAGAGACUGGGUCCUGAACAACUAGAAUACCUCUAUGUUUGGGUGUCGCCAUACCUUACAGUAUAUAGUAUCCAGAGAGCUACAGCACAGCUCCUCUUCCAAUAGCUGAUCACUUAGUGGUGAUAUUGAUCGGGGGUUUCAUUACGGUCCACACCUGGUAUCAACAUCUGUCCUGAAUGUGUCUCCUGGGACCACAUGUGGCAGGUCAGAGGACAUCAGCUGAGUAGGCGGUCCUUCAUAUGUGCCCCGGGACAGAUCUGUGCUCACAAUGUGAAGAGACUGGGCCAAAUGUGUAUCAGUCCACCUCAGAAUGUGUUUUCUCUGAUCGAUCCUCAGGACACAUUACUGAAGACACAUUGGGGUGCGUUCACACUUGAACUUCACUCUGACCACUUGUCUGAGUGAGAGGCUCCUGACCUUCUCUAGGAGUUUAUCCUGCCAGAUCCUAGUUAAUACUCUGCAUAAUGUCUGAGUGAGCCCAUGUGAGACUGUAAGAACACCUGAACACUCCACAGAUCACUGUGUUGCUCGUGAGUGACAGGAACACUUUGUAUAAAGUCUGGACCCAACAGUGCGGACAUACUCCAGAGUUCUUCUCCGAGAAUAAUUAGAGUCACAGACAGAAUGUAAUCCUGACACAAUAACCACCAUGUCAUUUGUACCAUUUGUUUACCCUCUUCAGCCAGAAGAAGCUGUGUUGUAGCUCCAGCGACACCUCAACCAGCAAUGUGAUAAAGCCCUAUGUUUCCCUUUUAUUUAAAAUGCUCUGUAUUUAUUUAGCCUCUUUAUCUUUUAGCGUACGUACGGUAGACAGAGAACAGGGUGGGUAAGAGGUCAAAAGAAACAAGGGAUGGAAUUAUUUUUUUAACUGAACAGGCCAAAGCUGUGUUGUCAAUAUUUGACAGGCUGUGCCCGGCUGUGUAAUCCGUCUGUUUGUGGGACAGGUUGGUUGAAAUGUGAAUAUUUCUCUCAAUAAAAAUGUUUCAUGUCUUUU